UUAUCUUGCUUUGCAAUCUCAUUGGCUGGAAAUCAUGGCUGGUUUAUGCUGGGAUUGGUCAGAUAUUAUUGAGUUUUGGGGAUCUUCAUGACCGAAAUAUCUUAUACUGUGCUGAAAAGAGGCGAAAAUAAAGCAUAAAGUGAGGAUUCAAUAGUGUAAAAAAUUGAGAAGUUUUGGGUGUAAUGAAUGGAUUGUAAGAAAGAGAUCAUGUCUGAGAAUGAAGAGUGUCCAAGCUGUGAGUCCCUCACAUCUGUAGGGAAUACCCGAACCAUGACAGAGGAUAAUGAGCAGCCAUGGAAUCAUUUGAAGCAUGCUAACCUGUUGCUGGAGGAUCCCACAUCUUCUGAGACUUCAUGGACCAAUGAAAAGCAUAGCUUGUAUCUUAAUUCCAUUGAGGAUGCCUUUGUCUCAAGUCUGUAUCAGCAGGGCUAUUAUACAUAUCCCUGUAAAAGAUGGCAAGCAGAUCGAGGUGAAAUAUCCUCUGCUCUGAGCCUGGAUUCAAACGAGGAAGUUGAAUCUGGGUUUUCAGAUGGUCCCUUUGUGUUUGGAUUUCCUGAGGAGAGCCAAAGCGAAUCAGAAAUGCCUAGGAUUCGUCGCCAUGCUCAAAACCAUUCAAAAAGGUGUAGAUUCAAGAAGAUGGUCGGUAGUAAUGACAGAGUCCAGGAAUCAAAUAGGAAUGAGAAAAGAAACAAGAGGAAAUUUCAGCAUGAAGUCUCAGAUCCAGGCAAGCAAAUAACACAUGUAUGGGAAGUAUUGCAGUCCAGGCACAAUGAUCAAACUGCAAGCAAUUUCUGUGGGCAACAUCAGUUAACACAAAAUAGAAUUCUUUCAGGAACCAUCACUAACAACCAGGAGGAUCAGGUUGUUCCCUCCAUUGAUGAAAAAUCUGCAAAGGAAGAUGGCAAGCCAAGAUAACAGUGUUUAUUCUGUGAGCUGGCAUGGCUGGAUGACAAAAUAUCUCCCAAUUCCAUGUCUUUAACGUUGAAGUUGACAAGUUUGGUAUAUUUAUAAUCAGUCAAUUUAUUGGGAUAUUUAUAAUCAGUCAAUUUAUUGGGAUAUUUAAUUAAAGUGGGCUUUACCUAAUUGGUCUGUAAUUCUUGGAAAAAAUGGUUUUAAGAAUACAGUGGUUCUGCUGUUUUUGAUGUAAUGACGACUGCAAGUCUCGUGACAUGGAUGAAUUGGUUUCUCUCUUUAUUGGGGAACUGAUUUACAUCGGGGAAAUGCUUGGAUUUUAUUGGAGAAAGAGAAUUGUACUAUCAGUAACUUUUUAAAAAUCUGAAUGAUCUUUUUAUUUUUA